AUGGCUCCUAUCCGCCACAUGAUGGACAUGCCCGGGGGGCAUAUGAUGUCCGAGGCAGAGAUGACCGAGAUGAUGGGCUCGUCGUCGGGCCACACCAGUGCGUAUCUCCCCCUUUACCUCGCUACUACUGCUGCUGGUGCAACAUUGCUCACACGUCGUGCAGAGUGCAUCGUCAUGUUCAAGGACGGCACGACCCCUGCGGAGAUCAAGCAGCACGCGAGCGAGAUUGAGGCGCAGGGCGGCGUCGUGACGGAAAUCUACGAUUACAUGCUGAAGGGCUUCUCCGCCGUCAUCCCUGAGGCCAUGAUCACGCAGCUGCAGAGCCUAACCGGGUCGGGCGGGAUCAUUGACUACAUCGAGCGCGAUUCCGUGGUCUCCGUCUGA